AUGACAAUUGCGCAACAACCACGUCCCAAUUUCCUAAUCAUUGUUGCUGACGAUUUGGGAUUCACCGACUUGUCACCAUUUGGAGGUGAGAUACACACUCCAAACUUGCACAAACUAGCCACUGAAGAAGGAGGUGUUAGAUUAACUGAUUUCCAUACAGCAUCGGCAUGCUCACCCACCAGAUCAAUGCUACUUAGUGGCACUGAUAAUCAUAUUGCUGGAUUGGGACAAAUGGCUGAAUUUGCCUCUCGUCAUCAGGAUACGUUCAAGGGCAAGCCAGGGUAUGAAGGAUACCUCAAUGAUAAAGUGGUUGCCUUAUCAGAAAUUUUACAAGAUGAUGGAUACCAUACUUUUAUUUCGGGUAAAUGGCAUUUAGGGUUGAAAGAGCCUUAUUGGCCAAGCAAGCGAGGCUUUACCAAGUCGUGGGCGUUGUUGCCUGGGGCGGGUAAUCAUUACAAGUACAUCACGCGUGAUGAAAGUGGAGAGCAAGCUCCGUUUAUGCCUAGUCUUUAUGUUGAUAGUGACCGGUUAUUGGACCCAGAACUGGAACUACCUGAUGAUUUCUACUCCACUGUCAAUUACACUAAUAAAGCCAUUCAAUUUAUCGAUGAAACGCCAGAGGAUGAGCCAUUUUUUGGAUUCAUUACUUAUACAGCACCACAUUGGCCUUAUCAAGCUCCACAAGAGAGAAUUGCAAAAUAUAAGGGCGUUUACGAUUUGGGUCCAGAAGUGUUGCGUAAACAAAGAUUAGCUAAAGCUUUGGAGUUAGGGAUUAUCGAUAAGAGAGUCAAUCCCCAUCCUAUCAAAACCAUACGUAAACAAUGGAAAGAUUUGAGUGAAGAGGAAAAGCUAAAGGAAACUAAGAUCGUCGAGACAUAUGCUGCAAUGGUGGAGAUACUCGAUGAGCAAAUUGGACGAUUAGUUGACCACUUGAAAAAAACUGGUCAAUUAGAUAAUACAUUUAUUUUGUUUAUGUCGGAUAAUGGAGCUGAUGGACAGAUGAUGGAAGCGUUACCAUUGGCAAAUCAGAAAAUCCACACGUUUGUUGAGAAAUACUAUGAUAAUUCCCUAAACAACAUUGGCAACUAUAACUCAUUCACCAACUAUGGUGAUCAAUGGGCUCAAGCAGCAACUGCACCCCAUUCAAUGUAUAAAGCUUGGUCAACCGAAGGAGCAAUUGUUUGCCCAUUGAUCAUUCACUAUUCACCAUUGUUGCAAAACCAAGCGGGUACAAUAUUGAAGCAAUUUGUCACCGUGAUGGAUAUCUUGCCAACUGUAUUGGAUCUUGCUGGAGUCAAACAUCCGGGGCAAACUUAUAAGGGAAGGCGAGUGGCAACUCCACGGGGCAAAUCAUGGGUCAACUAUCUCUCAGGUAAAGCCUCAUUUGUCCAUGAUGAAAAUACAGUUACUGGGUGGGAAUUAUUUGGACAACAAGCCAUUCGAAAAAGUCAAUACAAGGCAUUGUACAUCCCGAAACCAUUUGGUCCUGAGAAAUGGCAAUUGUUCGAUGUUGUUGAAGAUCCCGGUGAAACUGAAGAUCUUGCUGAGAAGGAGCCCGAAGUUCUAAAAGAGUUGACUGACCAUUGGGCGGUGUAUGCCUCUGAAACUGGUUUGAUUGAGUUAGGGCCUGAUUUCUUCAAGGUUGGUAAACCGGGAACCGUUAAUAGGGAGUAUAUAACGUUGGAUGAUUAA